CGAUCAUCUGGCCAUCUAUCUGAUUUUGGCACAUUCUCUGUAACGACAUACACAUUGCACAUGAUACACAUAAGUGCCGCGAACCUGACUUAGCAUUUUGCAGUUACUCAAUUCUUAUAUUAGUUCGAUAUUUUACAAGUGUAAUAUAUUUAUACAUUGCAACUACGUGCACAAAAAAUAAAUAUGCCUCAAUAUACAAUCAAAGUUAAAUGGGGAAAGGAACUCUUUUCCAAUGUAGAAGUCAAUACUGAGGAAGAACCAAUCUUAUUUAAAGCACAACUUUUUGCUUUGACUGGAGUUCAACCUGAGAGACAAAAGGUUAUGCUCAAAGGAAUGACACUUAAAGAUGAUGAUUGGGGCAACCUGAAACUGAAAGAUGGUGUUACGGUACUUAUGAUGGGUUCUAAAGAAGAUGUGCCUACAGAACCAAUGGAAAAACCAAUAUUUUUGGAAGACAUGAACGAAACUGAAUUGGCCACAGCUUUAGAUCUACCAACUGGUUUACUUAAUCUUGGCAACACAUGUUAUUUAAAUGCAACUGUGCAAUGUUUAAAAACUGUACCAGAAUUACGAGAUGCUUUGAAGAUUUUCCCAGGUGGUUGGGCUGCAGCUGCAAGUUUAGCAUUACCAGCACAAAGUAUAACAGCAGCUUUAAGGGACUUAUAUGAUAAUAUGGACAAGGGAACAUCUAGAGCACCUCUAGUUUUGCUCCAAAUGUUGCAUUUAGCUUUUCCAAGAUUUGCUGAAAAAACUGAACUAGGUGUACUUCAGCAACAAGAUGCAAAUGAAUGUUGGACAGAAUUGAUCAGAAUGUUGCAACAAAAGUUACCUACAAAGAAUAAUCCAGAUGUGUCGGAAGAUGAUGCUGAAGCCUCCAAACCACGAUCGUUCAUUGAACAAUACUUUGGAGGUAUAUUUGAUUAUGAAUUAAAGUGUGUUGAAUUCGAGGACGAACCAGCUACUACUGGAAAAGAAGAAUUCUUACAACUGAGUUGUUUUAUUUCAACUGAUGUUAAGUAUAUGCAUUUUGGACUUAGAAACAAAAUGCAAGAGCAAAUUACAAAAAUGUCAUCAACACUUGGAAGGAACGCCGUUUACACAAAAACGUCAAAAAUUAGCAGAUUGCCAGCAUAUUUAACCAUACAAUUUGUCCGAUUUUUUUACAAAGAAAAAGAAGCAAUUAAUGCAAAAAUAUUAAAAGAUGUUAAAUUUCCCUUGGAAUUUGAUGCUUUUGAAUUAUGUAGUUCUGAACUUCAAAACAAGCUCACACCAAUGCGUGAGAAGUUCAAAGAAUAUGAAGAUAGUUUGCUAGAAGAAUCUUCCAGUGCAAAGAAUAAGGACAAAGAAGAGAAAGCAGGAAAAAAGAUGAAACAAGAACCAUUUUGGUUUAAUAAUGAUUUGGGAUCGAAUAAUAGCGGCUAUUAUAAAUUGCAAGCAGUUUUGACUCAUAGAGGACGUUCCAGUAGUAGUGGUCAUUAUGUUGCUUGGAUUCGGCAAAGAGGUGAUACGUGGAUGAAAUGUGACGACGAUGUUGUCACACCCGUUACUAGUGAUGAAGUUUUAAAACUCAGUGGAGGCGGUGAUUGGCAUUGUGCGUAUGUUCUUUUGUAUGGCCCAAGAAUUUUGGAAGUGGAAGAUUCGGAGAACAAUCCGGCUGAUACAAAUAAUAUUGAAGCAUAACUUUUAAAUAAUUACUUUAAAAAAAAACGAAUACACUUGGCAAGAGAUUGCUUGUGUUGCUAGUUCUAUAAACAUCCAUUUGUUUUUAUAUCAAUUAAUAUGACUGUGUUAUUAAGACAUCAUUGUUAUUAUCAAUGCGCCAUAAUGUUAUCGUGCAUAGUAUUUGUAAUUUGAAUAACAAUUCUAACGUGUAAAAAUAA